AUGAUCGACACCAUCGAAGAACCCAAUUUUCGCAUCUUUCUCGAUUGUGUCUCUACACCCUUGAUCGAACAAUGUACAUCUACCUCCAACUCAAAUACAUCGAAACGGAAGACGAGAAAAGCUAAAGCGGGGAGGAAAACAGCGAUAAAACCUGUAUCAAAAGAGAUCGACGUAGAAGAAACUAAAAUCAACGAUGCAGCAGAGCUGGCGGAGUUUAUCGAAUAUAUCGCUCUAGAAAUAUUCACGCAUCUUCCAUCCGAUCUCCGAACCUUAUCAUACACAAUCUACACCCACGACCCCUCCCUCCAAAGAAAAUAUCCCUCCCUCCACCCCCUCGAUUUCGAAACCUCGACUCUCCUCACCGAUGCUCUCCCCCCUAGCAUCUCCGACUCACUUCAUACCUACUCCCUGCUUCCUCCCUGUAUAGCCCUCUCUUCCUUCCUCCACACGCCCCUCUCCACCUAUUUCUCGCAUCUCCUUUCCCCGCCUCCCACACCCCAAGCCCUCCGCGUCGUUACCACCGCUUGCGAGCUCUGCGACCGCGAUUGGAUCCCCCUCACUUACCAUCAUCUCAUCCCCAAAUUCGUGCAUGCAAAAGUUUUAAAACGCGGCUGGCAUACCGAGGAAGAAUUAAACAAUGUAGCGUGGUUAUGCAGAGCGUGUCAUAGUUUUGUGCAUCGCGUUGCGGGGCAUGAGGAAUUGGCUAGGGACUGUUAUACGGUUGAGUUACUGGAGGAGAGGGAGGAUGUCCAGAAGUUCGUGGAUUGGGUGGGCAGGGUGAGAUGGAAGAGUAGAUGA